UGUUGCGCCACUCAUUACCUGUAUGAACCAAUUUACUAAUUGUCGCAACUAGCUUCAUCCAUUUCAAUCUCUAGGUGAUCUCAUUUGUUUUUCGCGCGUUGGUCUCACUCGCGUCCUUUGUUAAAAUUAGCAGAUAUGUGGUCUUCAUUUGUUAUUUUUUCUUUUUUUGACGUGGUAUACAGUCUCUGCGGUUCGAGUAUUCGCUGGUCACAUAAUGUGCAUAUGGAAGACGUGUAUGGGAUGUGGUAUGGGGUGGGUUAUGCUCAGCAUUCUUUGGACAUGUCAGAUCGACCUUUAGAAAUUGGCUGCGUUACUCUAUACAUUACAGAUGCGACUGUUGCCAAUAAUGAGUGGUUGGAUUGGACCUUCCCACGCCGAUAUUACACUGAUCGCAACUGGAAGUUGCACAAAAGUAAUCCUUUGUCUGACAUAGUUAUGUCAAGCCAGGACCUUGACAUCCCCAUGCAUAAUAGAUUUAAGCGAGACUACGAAGAGCGACGAGUUAAAGUGGUGUGGGAUGAAGAUGGACAAUCUAUGGAGAGAGCUUAUCUGUACUCAGUAGAGGAUCCAGGCUUGUGGACUGCAGAGAAGCAGUGGCGGCCAAUGGAGAAGGUCAUGAAACAGAAAGGAGUAGACAUAUGGUACCCCGACGAACCGCCGUUCCACCCUGACGUCGUCAGAGUUCUCAAAGUCACUCCUGUGAUGCUGAUUAUUAAUAGAUGUUCGGAAGUAGGAGCAAGCGGAGUGGUUAGUUUGGUUCUCAGAAGGUCACCAGAGAGAAUGGAGAAAUCAGAAUGGUACGAAAUUCAUAGAGAGUUCUAUAACUUUGAGCUGCCCUCUGUACAACGAUACGCAACAGUUUGUGCUGCCUGUAUUGUAAAGAGUGUUUUAGUUUAUGUUAUAUUUACUGUCUUGUUGUCGAGAUAUUUGUAUUAAUUUUUGAGUAAAUGUUUAUAUAGUAAAUAAAUAUUUUUUUA